AUGCCCAAGGUCGUCGGCCAUACGCCGCCUUGGCUCUGUCGCCCAUCUCCUGGUGCUUCGUUCUUUACCAGACACCCUUCCAAGAAACCCGAUGGCCGGACGCAGAAUGGAAAUGGGACUGAAUACCAGGGCCCCCAGCGAACGCUGGCUCGUCGCGACACUGAGGUCUUUGCGGUCGUCGACAACCAGAUUCGGUGGGCGGAUUUGGCGACACUGAAGGCUGAAUGGAGCCCCAAGCGCAAACCGUCGACGAAGAAGAACGCAGAUGCUGAUGGAAACUAUUAUCGGACCUUGACCGUUCCCGUUUACGGCCAGAUCAAACAACUCGUGAUUUCACCCAAUGGUGCUUUUAUGGCGAUUGUGACCGUGCAUACUGUACACAUAGCUAUCCUACCUGACCGUUCGCAUCUGUCCAGCACUGAAAGAACGCCGCUUCGGUUAAAGACGUACCAACUGGGCCCUACCACUCAUGUUAUUCCAGAGUCUCCUGUGGUCUCUGCAUUAUGGCAUCCGCUGGGCGUACACACUAAUGUGGAGGCUUGCAUAGUGACUAUUACAGCUGAUGCUGCAGUACGCGUGUGGGAGCUGGACCGCAAUAACCACUGGUCUUUCGAUAGACCUGCUCUGGCAAUCGACCUUAAAAAGCUUGUUGAUGGUACAUCCUCGGAUGAGGACUUCACUCCGCUGGGGUUUGGCAAAAACAAGGGAUUCUCGGCAGACUCUUUUGAUAUGGAAGUGGCAUCUGCGUCUUUCGGAGGCACAGCUCGGCAAGGUGAAGAUGCUUGGGCACCAAUGACCUUGUGGGUUGCUAUGAGACCUGGCGAUUUGUAUGCUCUGUGCCCUUUGCUUCCCUCCAAAUGGCAAGCUCCACCGGCUACAAUUCCUGCAAUUUCAGCAGCCAUUGUUCCAAAGUUGACUGCGGUAGAGCAAGAUUAUUCUGCAGUAGAAGAAGUAGGAGACGACUUAAUUGCUUGUCGACAGCAAUACGAAUGGCUGAAGGAGAUUGACAACCAAGAAUUCAUGCUUGAUCCCUUUUCGGAAAGCGGAAUACUCAAGCGUCCCAGCAAUCCGAGUGCGAUACCUCGCUUGCAAGGCCCAUUUCAAUUCGAUGCUGGUGAACAGUUUGAUGACCUUGAAGUAACCGACUUUAUUGUCAUCCCUGCCGGGCUAGACACAGAGGCUCUAAUGACGGGUGAGGACGAUGAGGGUAUACUGGAAGAAAAUGCGCAAGAAGGAUUGCCUUUCACCACAAUCUGCAUGUCAACCUCAAGCGGCCGCGUCCACGUCUGUCUUGAGCUGGACGGAGUCGAAGGCCAGUGGCUCCCCAAGGCCAAGGCAAAUACAUUCACAACCCCGUUGUCAGAGCCGGCAGAACUUCUCCUCGUCGAGUCACUAGACACUGUGAGAGAGAACCUACGCGAGGCGCACUCCUGGCCAACUUUUACUUCGGAUAUUUCAUCCCGAUAUUCCUUUUACCUCACAACUGCCAAUAAUGUCUCAUUCAUCUCAUUAUCCUCGUGGGUUCAGCGAUUAGAGUCUGAGUUACAGUCCGAAGAUACCUCCGGGUCGCAAUUCCGACUAAACGUGCUUUGCGACGGCAACAUUGCCCUUCGUGAAGUGCUAAUUCAGCUGAAUGAAAGUGAUCUUUCAUUCCCUGAAGAACCAAGGCAUUUUACCAACUCUGUAGUCUUCACCGACUAUGACCUUGGCCAACUUCUUCUCACAUACAGGGGAUCAACACCGCAAGCCGCAGAAAUAAGCGAGCCUCAGAACGCGGCCUUGGCCUCUUUUUCCCAGUCUCUGCAUGCGGACUUGGAUCCAACAACCAGCCAAACCUUGCCACCUAUUCAACAAAAGCCGCGACGUACACCCUAUCAGGUGCCAGCGGUUUUCUACGCGGAUGAGCCAUUGAAAUCAUUCAUUGAUGAACAUGUCCCCCACAGACAUAGACCUUCGUUACAGGAGCCCGUACGCCUCUCUCCAUCUACACUUGACACUAUUGCCGCAGCUCACCGGGUGCUUGCUGCGCAUACCGGUUUGCUCGAGAAAGCUGCCGCGGACCUAUUCCGACGCUGCGAGCGUCUUCGAGGGGAGAUGAGAGAUCAGCUUGAAGGAAUUGCUACAGUUUCCGAGCGCAUCAAGGGCGUUUCCAGUCAUAUCGGCGAGGACGGGCAACGAAAAGAGGGUUCUCGAAGUGAAGACGCUCUCAACCAGAGACUCGAUGCUACAAAACAGCGUCAAAGGGACCUUGUCGAGAGAUAUGCAAAUAUUCGCACGAAGAUCGCGAAACUAGGCGGUCGCCCAUUGAGCGAGAAGGAGAAGGGAUGGAUUGGAGAAGUGAAAUUACUGUCUUCUUCUGUCGAGAAGACAAGCGAGAAUCAAACAAUACAAGCACGGCUGGAAACGGCCAAGUCAAUCGCCGAAGAAUUGCUUGUGGAAGUGAAACACAUAUCCGCAGAGCAACCAUCCGCACCAGAGGAGACUACUACCGUCAGUGUCAGCACACCUUCUCAGCCCAAGAUUCCACAGAAACUUCAACGGGCCAAGGUUGCAGAUGCAAUGAAGUUGGUAGACAGAGAAUCUGCAGUCAUCGAUGCCAUCACUGCGAGAUUGGAGCGCUUGAAUUCAAGCUUUUCCUGA